CAAGACUGACAGACAGAAGCAGAGGAGCCACAAUCCGUGGGGGAUCAGAGCCGCUAAUCCGGUUUGAUGAAGCUUGAAGACAAGAAGUGGAUGAAACUAUGAGAAGUUCCUCUCCGCGCGCGUAAUUACGCACGUCAGUCCUUUUUUUUUUAUACUUCUUUAAAGGUUUUUCUCCGUAAAGGAUGCUGGACCCCAAGGACCGUGGAGUGACCAUGACGUCCACUCACAAGAUUUCCUUUUCUAUUAUUGAUAUAUUGGAUCCGAACAAAUUUAACAGCAGAAGGGGAAACGAACUUGUCAAGGAGAAGUUCUCUGUGCCACAUGAGGAGGGAACAAGUUUGGAGUCGGACAGCACUGCAGGCGGAGACUUCAGAGUUGAGGGCACGAAAGCAGGUGAAGAGACAGGAGAUGAACAUUCUGCAGCCCCCAGGCAUCAUGCAGUCGUCGCUGACCCCCUUCACCUCUCCUCACCGGCUGAGCCAGAUCCCUGUCUCACCGCUGAACAGGACGACGCAGAGCCAGCCGCCCCCCUGCAGGACCCCUCACCGCACAAGCGUCGACGCGCAGACCAGGCCUGCGCCAAACCGCGGCGCGCCAGAACAGCGUUCACCUACGAGCAGCUGGUCGCUCUGGAGAACAAGUUCCGCGCGACUCGUUACCUGUCCGUGUGCGAGAGACUAAACCUGGCCCUGUCCUUGAGUCUGACCGAAACCCAGGUGAAAAUCUGGUUCCAGAACAGGAGGACCAAAUGGAAAAAGCAGAACCCCGGGGCGGACAGCACCUUGCAGCCCGGCUCCAACUCCCUGGUCAAUGUCAGUCCAAACCCGCCCACCUGCGGGACGAGCCCUGCCAGCUUCCACCAAACUUUCCCCAGCUUCAGCUCUGGGAAUGUGAUCUUCCACACGGCCGGUGGUGUUCCGCUUUCAUCCACUGGGGGGCUCCUGCAUCCCUUCAUGUCCAGUGGUUUUGUCCAGCCGACUUAUUUUAAUCCACAUCUAUGAAAGAAGCCAAGACUGACAUGCUGCAGCUGGUGAUGGGAACAAAACUCACAGCUGCCCAGAGUCAUUGUGAACUGUUGCAUUAAUCAUGUCCUAAAAGUGAGGGGGAAGGAGGCACACAUUUGUUACAGCAUUUGUCAUGUCCAUUACCAUUUCCCUCAACUGGGUGACAUUUAAAAGGGAGUUAAACUUCCUUACGAAACUCUUGACUGUCUUUAAUGGUUUGUCAUGGACCUUUUCCAAGACUUGAACAUGAUAACAAAAGGCUGUGACUGAGCCCAACAAUUAUCCCAUCAUUAAUGAAUGUCCUUUUAUAGCUGUGUGAAAAGACUGCACCACUUUGCACUGAUUGUCUGUCAUUGUGUCUGCUCAAACACCUGCUCACGCUGUAUAUCUGACAGUUCAUACAGUAUCAUUUUCUGCAUCGGUGUACUGUCUUACAUCUCACACUGUGGCAUAUUGCAACCAUCAAAUACCCUGCACAGCUCACGUCUGUUGCCGUUUAUACAGCAUUAUCAGUGUAACUUAAUUAAACAAAAAAACAUAAAGCAUCUGUGUGUGGCUCGUGUAUUACAAAGUGAAAACAUUUUCAAAUGAGAAUGAAGUGCAGGACACUUUGCAUCCCUCUUAACAUUAAUUUGGUGAAAUGUGACAUCAGUGAUGGGUUUGUAAUGGUGGUAGAUCAUGUCCUUGUUAAAGGGCCCAGUGGAAAUUGCUCAUGUGCUGCCAUCUCCUGGGCAACAAGGUGCAGGGGGAGGGAUCUUAAUUACUUUAUGAUCAGAGACUGAAAACAUCUAUGAGAACAAUUUAAAUCUUAGAGACACAAGACAUUUAGGCAUAUUAUUUAACUUUAAAACAUCAACAAAGUUGUUCUAUACACUGGCUGAAAGUAAUUAAGUACAUUUUUAGUGUACACAUUCUUAGUUACUUAAAUAUUUUCACACUAUUUCCUGAUACUGGUCAGUUUUCAUAUAUUAAUUGAUUCAUUAAUUUGGUGUGGCAGCAAUAUCCUUCCAUAUUUUCACUUUACUACAUUUCAGAGGUAAAUAUUGUACUUUUGUGCUGUGUGACAGCUGAAGUUACUUUGAAAAUAAAGAUUUUAUACCCAAAAA